CAGCGUUUGCGCGACGCGAUCGACUCGCGGAUUGCCGAGGAGCAAGCCCGUCAACGCUCCGCCCAAACCUCCAUCUCGCGCUCCAACUCCGCCCGCCAACCUUCGAACCGCACGACCACUUCCCCAUCCCGCCGCUCUGGCCGCCCGCGCCGCAACACCGGCACCCCCGUCCGGGGCCCCGACCCCAAUGAAUUCGAGCCCGAGUUCGCCAUUGGGGAUGAUGACUCCUCGAGUAGAUCGGGAACGCCGCGACCCGAGGCCGCAGCUGGAGGAGGCUCCGACGCCACUCCGGAAGGCAACAAUGCGGCAGCCGGAGAGGGCCAAGGGCAGGAAGGGCCCGUAACGGAGAAGGAGUCCACCCCGGCAACUGCGGAAGGCAACAACAACAGCAACAACAACCAGUCCUCCUCCACCUCGGAUCUGCCUCCAGAGGUUCGGGUCAAGUUGCGGCGGCUGGCCAAGUUGGAACCCCGCUACCAAGAGCUUCUCAAAGCCUAUCGCAUGGCACACUCGCGAGUCCUUUCUAUCGAACCCUUCGAAGCUGCUCUUCGUGAAAAUACCCCCUUGACUUCCAUCGGCGAACCGAAAGCCCUGACCGAGUACUUGAACCAGCUGUCGCUGAAGGGAGAUAUGGUGGUGGAGGAGCUCAAGCGUGUGACCACAGAGAGGGAUGACUACAAGAAGAAAUUGGAAGAGGCUCAAAAGGCAACCAAGGCUGCAUUGGAUGAGGUUGCGCAACUCAAGGCUGAGAAGGAAUCAAAUGAGAAAGCCUCGGACGCCAGUGAGUCGGUCGCGAAGUAUGAGGAGAAGUCUACAAUGGAGGACACUGCUGUGACCGCCGCAUCACCGAAGAAGUCGGCUGAACAUCAAGGUGAUAGUGAAGAGUUCUUUUCUUACGAUAGCGAGAUCCCUCGUCUGGAGUCCGAGCUGAAAGAAAAGCAGGAGGAGAUCGAGUCCAUGAAGACUCAAAUGGAGUCGCUGAAGCGUGAUCUAGCAGUGGCGCGCGAGUCCACCGAGGGCAUGGUUCACAACCUCGAAUCCGCAACCCGAGAGCUCACAGAACUGCGUGAUUUCAAGGAUAAGCAGGACACAGAACUCGAGAAGCUGAAGUCUUCCAAGCAAGGAGAGCUUGACGAUCUGAAGGCUAAGCUUGAAAAGUCCGAAGAAAUGGCAUCGAAGACCAGCGCGGAGAUUGAGAAACUAAAGUCCGAUUUGACAGAACGGACCGAGGAAAUCGAGAAAUUGCAAGCUAAGGCCUCGCCAUCCCCUGCUGCCGGGAAGGAUGCCGAUCUUACUGCGAAGUUGGAAAAGAUGGAGCAGAUGAAGGAGGCUAAUGAGAAACGUCUCAGCGUACUACAGGGUCUUGUCGACAGCCUCCGAUCCCAGCUGAAGGAGAGCGAGGAGGCAAUGACAAAACUGAAGGGCGAUGCUGAGCAGAAGAAGGAAAACAACCUGCAAUUACAAAACGUCGUUGACUUCCUCGACACUAAUAUGGAAGGCAAUGCCACCUGGCAAUUGACCAAGGAACAAGUCAUUGGCGGCAAGCAAGCCAAUUUCGAUGAACUCCGUGAGAGCUUAGUUCCCAGCCUUAGCACCACUGAAGCUCAGCAGGAGCCGACGGAGACUGCAAAGCCGGUCGUGAACCCGCCAAGCGCUGCGGGAAGUGAAAGUAUUGAUACACUAAAGAAGCAGCUGGACGAGAAGGAUGCCGCUAUCGACCGUCUCAGCUCGAAACUCAAGGGCGAGGAAGACCUGAAGGAGGAGAUCGAGUCCCUCCGUGACGACCUGCUUCACAUAGGUCAAGAGCAUGUGGAGUCAAAGGAUAAAGUGAAGGUGCUGACCGCGGAGAAGCAAGCUUUGGAGGAAUCCAUCGCCAAGCUGGAGAAGGAGUUGACGGAUCUACGCACGAACAUCGCUAUCAAGAUCAAGCUCACAACGCUCGAAACUGAGCUAUCUGCUGCUCAACAAUUGGCUGCCACGAGGUUCAAAGACAUCACGGACUUGCGCGAGACGCUCCAAAGACUUCAGCCAGAGCUGAAGAAGCUGCGCGCCGAAUCUUCGGAGCUCAAGUCCACCAAGGAGUCCCUCACAAGCAAGACGAAUGAGUUGAGAACUCUGGAGAGCAAACACGAUGACCUGCGGGCCGAACUCAAGACCCUCAAGAACACGAUGUCCGAGCGAGAGAAAGAAGUGAAGACACUCAAUAAUAAGAUCAAGCAGGAAACCGACAGUAGGCUCAAGGCCGAGGAGAAAUUGACGGUCGCCCAGUCUGACCUGAGGUACUCGGAGAGUAAGAAGCAGGAAGCUACGGAGGCUAAGGAGAAGGUCACCUCAGAGCUGUCUAAGACUCAGGGGGAGCUUAAAACCGCCCGCGCCCGGCUCCGCGAAAGCGAAUCCCAGGCCAGUCAGAUCAAUAAAGAACUUCAAGGCCUGCGGGAGGAGAUUCAACUCAAGACCGCCCAGCACGCUAGUGCUCAAAGUUUGAUGAAUAGUAUGCGCGACCAAGCUGCUGAAUUGGGGAUGCAGAUGAAGGAGGCUCUCGAACGCUGCGAAAGUCUCGAAGAAGAAUUAGCGGAUGCUCACCGGCUGCUGAGCGAACGCACUCGCGAAGGAGAGACCAUGCGGCGUCUUCUGAACGACAUCGAAAGUCGCACCGAUGCCAAGGUGCGCGAUUUCAAGGAACGUAUGGAAGCCGCCAUUGAGGAGCGAGAUCGCGCCGAGGAUGAAGCCAGUGCUCAGGGUCGACGCCGUGCGCGUGAGCUGGAAGACCUGAAGAGUAAGCUACGCGAAGCCGAGCGAGCUCUGCGCAGUGUGGAGCAGGAUAAAGAGGAACUGGAGCAGACUCAGAAGGAUUGGAAACGUAGACGGGAUCAACUGGAAGCCGAAUCUGAGAAGACGACCCAGGAGCUUGCCGAUCUGCGACAGGCCAUGGCAGGUCUGCGCGAUUCGCUGGAUGAAAGCGAGAAGCAGGUGCGCGACCUUGAGAAGGAGAAAGCCGAGCUGCGCCGAUCCGUCGAGGAAACGAAUUCUCGUUUGGAAAAGCUGCGUAAAUCGAAUAAGCUGCUUCCGGAUGAAGGUCGCUUCGGUCACACUGCACAGUCGUCACGGUCCUCGAUCGAUUCUGGCUCUAGAAGAACCAUCACCUCCCCAGUUGCGAAGGAGCACAGUCCGUCGACACGCAGCGGCACGCCCACUGGAGUCGGCGCAGGGUCCAUUGAUUACAUUUAUCUGAAGAAUGUUCUUCUCCAGUUCCUGGAGCAGAAGGAUAAGAACUAUCAGAAGCAGCUGAUUCCCGUUCUCGGCAUGCUGCUGCACUUUGAUCGAACGGACGAGCAGAAAUGGAUGUCGGCCAUUUCCUCCAAGUAA